UACUGCCUUGCAGUCUUCUAUCAGACCUGAAGCAAACAGUGCAACUUUGCAAACUGAAAAGAAGGAAGGAUAUUUUUCACUGCAGAUAAUAACCAGUCAUGAUUUGGAAAAGCACACUUGUAACUACUUUGAUUCUUCAUCUAAUUUCAUUGGGAGGGGGACAGAACAUUGACCCUGGCGUGCUGCUGAAAUCAAACUUUCCUCCAGCCAGACCUUCAGAUAACAACCUCAAGGCGAUCUGUCUUUAUGGCAAUGGCCGUCCCAGAUAUCCUGCCACCCGUUUCCCUUCAUCCAGUUACGCUUUCGCUCGCCGCGCUGGAAAGGCUGUAAACAGACUAGAGCAAUGGUUCAGUCAGUGCUGCUAUGGAGGUUUGGCUUAUGGAAAUAGACAGAUCCUUUGCUGUGCGGAAAAAGCAUGGAAAACUACUUUGUCCCGUUUCUGUAUUGAGGAGUACUCCACCAUGACUUUGGUCCAUGAGUGCUGCGAGAAGAAGGGAGAAGAAAGGUGGAAAUGCUUUGAAAGUCGGGCUCCUAACCCCUUCUACCAACCCCUGUCUGGUUACAGGGCCCCCAUAAUACCGCCUGGUAGGAUUUUCACCUGGGACCCCAACACCUGUUAAAUCUCUUAAUGCCAUAAUGACAAUCUGAACAAUUUUAUUUGAUUUAACAGCAACAAAACCUGUCAAUUAAUCAACUGUGAAGAUACUUUUCAGGUAAAUGAAACAUGCUCAGUAUUCUGUAAUAGCUGAAAUAUAACUCUGUGCAUCAGUUUAUUUAUCUUCACGCAUAUUAUUGCAAACCAUAGAAAAACAUGCAAAAUAAAAUGUGCAGCAGCUUACUAUCAAUCAAUGUAUUCCCAAAGUGCCAAAAUGUUUCAAAUAAAUCUGAAGCCUUUUCAUUGUAUAACCAUGACUUUUCCUUUUAGAGAAUAACUGUAGGUACUCUAUCUAUUUUUUCAAACCUGUACAUGGACUUUAAUAAGUGUAUGAAGAAUAAACAAUGUGUCAAUAAUA